ACGGAGAGGAUGUUGCGUCUCCAUGCAGCACCCCGCCCUCCUCCAGCUGGGAGAGAUGCAGCUUGACAGAUUUCUCUCAAAGGAGCCCGUCUGUGUCCUCUGACCAAUCUCAGAAAACAGUGGAGAGCCUUUUUUCCGCCAGGUUGGCCCUCAGCAGGACUCGUCUCCUGACCCGGGCUGCCAAAGGAUUCAUGUGUCGAUCUCACAGCAAGUCCGGCGAUUCAAUCGGAGAGAGUGACAACGAGAACAAAGACUACAUUCCUCUG